CGGUUUGUGCCUCCAGCAGUAUCAUGAUCGUUGGUGCAUCGCUGGACGAACGAGUUCCGGUUCCGUGCCAUGUAGUGUCCAACCCGCGGGACGUUUCAUUCGAUUGGAACUUCUCAAAUAGUGGCGAGCGCUUUGAGGUAACUAGUGGCCAAUUUAACCUGCUGCAGGAUUUCCACUCCUCAAUCGGGGAUAGCGACGAGUUUGGUGACAGUGCCUCGGUGUACGGCGGUUCGGAAGAGAAUUUAGAAACCAUUUACGAACUGCUUUACACCCCCAAAAGUGAACGGGACUACGGUACGCUGGCAUGCUGGGGGAAAAAUUCGAUUGGAAAGCAACUUGAACCGUGUCUGUUUCAGGUCGUUCCCGCAGCAAAACCAGCCCCGUUGCGCAACUGCACCCUCAGGCCCUACUCAACGUUACUGGGGACACCGCACGGUACUACAUCUAAUUCAUCUGCAGCGUCAGCAUCUUCGUCUUCGUCUUCGUCGUCGACAUCGUUUUACUACGGGUCGCAUGGAAGCAGUAGUGAUUUGGAAACGGCCGCCGCAGCCUCAGCAUCGUUGUCUUCGUCGGUGUUAUCGUCAAACGGAAUCCCUACCAUAGGUCAGCAUUAUCGAGAAUCUAAUUAUAUCAGCACACAAUUCGUUAAAGAUCGGAACGUGUCAAACGAGCGAACGAAUAUUACAAAAUUUAAUCAGAAAAGUACGUUUCACGGUAGCACUGAUGGUGGUGACAUUGUAUUGCGAAGACGUGAACAGAUCAAACAGAAAAAUACCACCCAUGGUUUGGACAGGAUAAGCAGCAAGAUGGGGAUGAGUGGCAGCUAUGGAAGAAUUAGUGCACCUAGUCAUCACAGAGUGGGAUUGACCUCCAGGGAAACAAAUGAUGACGAAGAAGAAGACGAAAGAGGGGAGCCACGGGUGGCAGCUCAAAUAUCGUCUGCACUCGCAGCAACUUCCGCAUCGGGAAAAGUGAGAGGAUCAGCAUCAGCAUCCGGUUCGUCUAGUUUUUCGUCAUCAACAGGAUCGUUCACAGCAUCAUCCUCGUCGGCAUCGACCACCAGUGACGAAGAGAAUAAGAGAAAAACAAUUUCGAAUAAUGAAAGAACUAGCAGCAUGAAUUUGUUUAACACCGUAACGCUAGUCGAAGAGAGCUUCCAAUCUAACUCGUAUUCGACUGUUGGCACUGGAAAUCGGUUCCAAGCAGCCAGAACUACACCCGAUGCUAAUCACAGACUGGCAAAAAGAGAGAAACGUUUUAAUGAAAAUCUAGAAAAUGAAAUAAAUAAAACACAUUUCGACGAUGAUGAUGAAAUUUUCAAUAGCACCACCAGUGGCAAUCAGGAAGACGAGGAUAGCAUCAGAACCAUCCAGGGAAGCAGCAGCAGCAUCAGUAUUAGUAGCAGUAGUAGUAGCAUUAGUUCGAGUACCGGUCCUACCGAAAGGAAUAAUUAUCACAGCACUGCCAGAGAACUACCAAUUGCAGCGAAAUUGAGGUUCGAUAAUAUUCGAUACCACUCCCUGGAAACGGGAGGCAGUGCCAGACACACAGGUGCUGCUGUAGGUUAUAAUCCUAGCGGUAGUGUACAUCCGUUUAACCACUAUAUGGAAAGCGUCGAAAGCAGCGCUCCCACAACGAUGGAGCUCGAGUGUGUUGCCGGAUACGAUGGAGGAUUGCCGCAGCAUUUUUUUCUGGAAGCCUAUGACUCGAGAACCCGCAAGCUUCGGCUCAAUAUCACAAGUGCACUUAGCGAUGUUCCGUUGUUUCGUAUUGAUCUAUCUGAGCUGAUCCCUAGUGAAUCCUAUACACCAACUCUUCACCUGAUUGCGUUAUAGUGUAAAUCAGAAAGGACGUUCGGAACCAACGAUUCUUGAGGA